AUGGCAGCCAUCAUCCUAGCUGAUACACGUAUCUCCUUAGCUCUUGCUCAGCCAGCUAUGAAAGCCCAAUACUUUAGAAAAACUACCAGCAGACAUUGGUCUCUUCCAAAAUUUUGUUCUUCUGUCAUGAACCUGAGGGGGCAGCGCUCCUAUGGCACAGAAGUAGAAAAGAUUGGUGAGCGACCUGUCCUCAUCACUGGUUGUGACUCUGGAUUUGGGUUCCAGCUGGCCAAGUACCUGCAUGGAAAGGGCUUCAUUGUCUAUGCUGGCUGCCUACUGAAAGCGCAAGGCAAGGGAGGCUCCAAAGACCUGGAUGCCAUGAAAAGUGAUCGCAUGAGAACCAUUCAGCUUGAUGUCUGUAGCAAUGAAGACGUGGCACGUGCACUGGACCAUGUCACUGGCUCUCUGAAGAACCCACAGGCUGGACUGUGGGGUAUAGUCAACAACGCUGGGAUCUCCACUUUUGGGGAGGUAGAGUUCACCAGUAUGGAGACUUAUAAAAAAUUGGCUGAGGUGAAUCUCUGGGGGACCGUCCGCACCACAAAGGCCUUCCUGCCUCUCAUCCGGAGGGCUAAGGGCCGUGUGGUGAAUAUAACCAGCAUGCUGGGGCGAAUGGCAAGCCCAGCUCGCUCCCCUUACUGCAUCACCAAAUUUGCAGUGGAAGCCUUCUCUGACUGUCUGCGCUAUGAGAUGCAACCCCAUGAGGUCAAGGUCUGCAUCGUGGAGCCCGGAAAUUUCAUUGCAGGCACAAGCCUGUACAGUUCCGAAGGAAUCAAGGCCACUGCCGAAAAGAUGUGGGAAGAGAUGCCUGAAACAGUGCGCCAGGAUUAUGGGCGGAAGUAUUUUGAUGAGCAAGUGGCCAAGAUGGAGACAUACUGCCAAAGCGGCUCCACAGACCUUUCUCCUGUCAUUGAGAGCAUCACUCACGCUCUGACUUCUCCCUCUCCCUAUACUCGAUACCAUCCCAUGGACUAUUACUGGUGGCUACGCAUGCAAGUAAUGACUCACUUGCCAGGUGCUAUUUCGGAUCGCCUAUACAUUUAUUGA